GCCCUGAUUCAACAAUAUCGAAAACAAAGAUAGAAAGUAUAAAUUUUAUACAUCGAUAAAGAAUAUAACAUACCUGCUUCGUGAAAUGUUAAAACCAAAAGUUCUUACGAACGUUCUUAGUCAGGCAAAUACAGGAGGCGUUGAGAAUACUCUUUUACUGAACUCGGAAGGAGCACUUCUUGCAUUCAGUGGGUUUCAUGAUCGAGAUGCAAGAAUCACCUCCGCCAUAGCAAGUAAUGUUUGGACAGCAUAUGAGAAACACGGUCAUAACUCAUUUCGAGAAGAUCGUCUUCAGUUUCUUGUUAUAAAUUGUGAAAGUGGAAAAGUCAUCGUCAGUCAGGUUGCCAAUCUUUUACUUUGUUUAUAUGCCAGUAAAGACGCUGGACUUGGAAUGUUAAAAACAAAAAUAACGAAAUUGAAGGAAUCUCUGGAAAAUCCUUUAAGAGAAAUAAGUGCCUAGUUAUUGCUGGAUAAAUGUUCAAGAGAAGUAGAUAUGUAUAUUUUGAAUAAAAGAGUAAAUUUCUCAUAGGCAUAAUGCAUAGCCUCAGUAAUGAUCACAAAUGCUAUUACUGGCAGAUUAUAAAAGUGUCAUGCAGUGUUAUAUCCUUAUCUAUUAUGAAUUCUGCUCUUUGUGUUUAAUAAACAUUUUUGAAGAAAAAUAUAAUAUCUAAAUUUUUAUACAUUUUUAAACUUUAAAAUAGAAUUGACAAUAUUUAAAGAGAAAUUUGUAAUCGGUUUUAAAUCUAAUUUCUUGCAGUAGUCGAUAAUUUUUUGAAUCUCUUCCUUGAUAUCACUCAACUUCAUUGUGGAAUAUUUUUUGGUUUCAAAGAGAACUAUUGAGUUUUCACUCAAAAGAUUUUUAAACAUGUCAUUAAGAAAUACAAAAAAGUUGUGAGAUACAAAUACAAUAUCAAAUUUCUUGCAAAAUGUCUGCUUCUUUGUAAUGUCGUAAAUAUCAUUUAUGGUCAGAAAAUGAAUUCUAACAUUUUCAAUUGUCUUCAAAGGUUUGUUAUACGUGAGUAAAUUUAAUUUGAGAUCAUCAGCUCGUUCGAGUGUACCGUGCUCAACGCCAUAAUCUAAUUGUGUUCCACCAAAUUGACGAAAAUUUUUAGAAUCGUGUUUUGAAUCGAAGAGAUUUUCAUUCUGAAUUUCCCAAAUAAUUUCGUAAAUAUUUCGUUCUGUAA